GAUUGAAAGAGAGAGUUGAGCAAGGGGAGAAGCUGGGGGAAUUGAAGGAUAUCGCUGAGAAAGACGGGCUACUCUUCUAUAAGAACCGACUCUACAUUCCGGCAGACGACCGUAUUAAGAUCCGGAUAGCACAGGCAGAGCACGAUUCAAAAGGCGCAGGACACUUUGGACAAGACAAGACACUGGAACUCAUCACGCGUAACUUCUAUUGGCCAAAAAUGAACGAGUGGAUUGAUGACUACGUUCGGUCAUGUGACGAGUGCCAGCGCAACAAACCCAGCCGCCACAAGAAAUACGGUGCGCUUUUACCACUGUCCACGCCACAUUCUGUCUGGCAAUCGAUAUCAAUGGACUUUGUCGUACAGUUACCGGAAUCAAAGGGAUACAAUCAAAUCUGGGUAGUAGUCGAUAGGUUCUCGAAGAUGUCGCACUUCAUUCCCUUAGUAGCAGAAACGACCGCACAGGAUUUAGCGAAGAUAUUCCUCGGUCAAAUAUGGCGACUCCAUGGGCUGCCUCUCGAUAUAGUUCCCGACAGGGACGCCAAGUAUACUUCAAGUUUUUGGGCAUCCCUUAUGGAAUUGUUGGAUGUGAGGAUAAGAAUGAGUACGGCUUUUCACCCUCAGACCGACGGGCAAACAGAGCGAGUCAACCAAACCCUCGAGCACUACUUACGAGCGUUUUGUAACUACGAGCAAGAUGAUUGGGCAGAGCUACUCCCGUUGGCGGAGUAUGCUUACAACAACUCGGUUACCACCGCCACGGACCAAUCUCCGUUCUAUACCAAUUACGGUUACAACCCAAGAACCAACUGGCCGACGGAAGCCGAAGUGGUCAACCCAACCAGUGACCUAUACGCUCACUUCAUCCGAGGAGUUCACGACUAUGCUCUCGCUCGCCUAACAGACACCAGGGAGAAGAUGGGGAAAUACUAUGAUCGGAAAAGGGACGAACCGCCUAACUUCAAGGUGGGAGAUAUGGUUAUGCUCAAUGCGACCAACAUCAAGACUCAUCGCUCUACCAAGAAACUCGAUCAUAAGAAACUCGGCCCGUUCAAAAUUGUCCGACUAGCCGGUAAACGAGCGUGCGAACUGGAACUGCCACUGCAAAUCAAAAUCCAUAACGUGUUCCAUAUCGAACUCUUGGAACGGUAUCGACAGAGCAGUAUCCCAGGCCGAGAACAACGUCCCCCAACUCCCGAAGAGGUCGAUAAGGAAGGAGAGGUGCUGUACGAAGUGGAAAGUAUCGUGGGGAGUCGGAAAAGCAGAAGAGGAUUAGUGGAAUACCUGGUGAAAUGGCGGGGCUAUUCGAUGAGUGACUGUACGUAUCAAGUCAUGGACGCUAUGGAUGAGGAAGUACUUGACCUUGUCCGCGACUUCCAUCGAAGGAACCCCAAGGCCGUGAAGGACCAACGCCUGAGACUAUAG